AACACAAAGAUUCUAAGAAAUGGUCUCCUUUUGGUCACAUCUAGGCAGUAAGAGGACAAAUGAAGAGAGGCACCAGAAGCCAAGACUCCAGCAGAGGACUUGCUGGGGAUAGUGGAGUUGCCAGAAGUUACCAGAAGAUGAUGAUUGGAGCUCCGGUUGUCAUCUUGGACCAUGAGGAUGAAGAAUGUGGAGGGGUGAGCUGAAAAGAACUUGGAUUCUUCAUGACCUUGUGGUGCCACUCUGCUAGUCCUGGAUUUCUUGCAUCUAGACUUCAUUUACAUACCAGAAGCAAUAACAUGAUGCCAUGGCUAAGAGGACGAGUCCUCAAGGUGCUGAGAAGUGCGCGGGGAUUCUGCGGGCCUCAUGGACAACCACCACCUCUACUUGACCCUCAGGACAUUGUGGCCACCUGGGAAGCAAUCAGCCUGGGGAGGCAGCCAGUGCCUGAGUACUUCAACUUUGCUCACGAUGUACUGGACACGUGGAGCCAGCUAGAAAAGGCUGGACACAGGCCCCCGAUCCCUGCAUUCUGGUGGGUCAAUGGUGCGGGAGCAGAAGUCAAGUGGAACUUUGAGCAGCUGGGGCAGCAGUCCAGGAGGGCAGCGAAUGUGCUGAGGGACACAUGUAGCCUUCAGCCUGGGGACAGGAUGAUGCUGGUGCUCCCGCGGCUCCCGGAAUGGUGGCUGGUCAGCGUGGCAUGUAUACGGACAGGGGCUGUCAUGAUUCCGGGUGUCUCUCAGCUGACGGAGAAGGACCUCAAAUACAGGCUGCAGGCAUCCAGGGCCAAGUCCAUUAUCACCAGUGACUCCCUGGCUCCACGGGUCGACGCCAUUAGUGCUGACUGCCCCUCCCUUCAGACCAAGCUGCUGGUGUCAGACAGCAGUCGGCCAGGCUGGAUGAACUUUAGGGAACUCCUCCGCGAGGCAUCCACAGAGCACAACUGUGUGAGGACCAAGAGUCAAGACCCACUGGCCAUCUACUUCACAAGUGGCACUACUGGGGCCCCCAAGAUGGUUGAGCACUCCCAGGCCAGCUAUGGACUGGGUUUUGUGGCCAGUGGAAGGCAGUGGGUGGACUUGACCAAAUCAGACAUCUUCUGGAACACCUCAGACACGGGCUGGGUGAAGGCAGCCUGGACCCUCUUCUCUGCCUGGCCUAAUGGAUCUUGCAUUUUUGUGCAUGAACUGCCCCGAGUUGAUGCCAAGGUUAUUCUGAAUACUCUCUCCAGUUUCCCGAUCACCACCCUCUGCUGUGUCCCCACCAUCUUCCGGUUGCUUGUACAGGAGGAUCUGACCAGGUACCAGUUUCAGAGCCUGAAGCACUGUCUGACCGGAGGAGAGGCCCUGAAUCCUGACGUGAGAGAGAAAUGGAAGAGCCAAGUGGGCCUGGAGCUGCAUGAAGGCUAUGGCCAGUCUGAAACAGUUGUAAUCUGUGCCAAUUCAAAAGGCAUGAAAAUAAAAUCUGGAUCCAUGGGGAAAGCGUCCCCACCUUACGAUGUGCAGAUUGUGGAUGAUGAGGGCAACAUCCUGUCUCCGGGAGAAGAGGGAAAUGUUGCUGUCCGAGUCAGGCCUGCCCGGCCCUUCUGUUUCUUCAGUUGCUAUUUGGACAAUCCUGAGAAGACAGAGGCAUCAGAACGAGGGGACUUUUACAUCACAGGGGACCGAGCCCACAAGGACAAGGAUGGCUACUUUUGGUUCAUGGGACGAAAUGACGAUGUGAUCAAUUCCUCAAGCUACCGGAUUGGGCCUGUUGAAGUGGAAAGUGCCCUUGCCGAGCACCCAGCUGUCCUGGAGGCUGCUGUGGUCAGCAGUCCAGACCCCAUCAGAGGGGAGGUGGUGAAGGCUUUUAUAGUCCUUUCUCCAACUUACUCCUCUCAAGAUCCAGAGAAACUAACUCGGGAGCUCCAGGAGCAUGUGAAGAGGGUGACUGCUCCAUACAAGUACCCCAGGAAGGUGACCUUUGUUUCAGAACUGCCCAAGACGGUUUCUGGAAAGAUCCAAAGGAGUAAAUUGAGAAGCCAAGAGUGGGGGGAGACGAGAGGCAGCCCACGAAAGGCCCCAUAGGCCUCAGAAGCUUCUAAGAGGAGCUGGUGCAAUCACUGGUUAGUCCUUGUUUGGAGCAUCAUCCCUUCCACCUUACAGUAUCAGAGGCUUUCAGUUCCACAUGGGCAUCUACAGAAUCAAUGGAGGAACCUGGAGUACCCUGGAGGAAGAGAGCAGAAGAACAUCACUAACCCAGAGUGCACAUCCACCACCAGUCUAGUGGCGGUGUUUGGUGGCUUGACUUCCCCCUCCUCUGUCUGGAGGCAUCCUCAGCAGCUGCCCACUGGUCUUCCUUCCAGCCGGCUCUCUGAAGGACAGGUCAUCACAGAGUCAGGGCACCUGUGAUCUCAUUCACUGGCCGUUGGAGUAUAACCACUCGACCCUUUUGAUAAAGCCAUUUGGUAAUCACAUCCAGGGUCAUAAAAAAUUGGUCAUAUCCUUUAGCUCAGAAAUUCUGUUUAGCAGUCAUUAUAAAAGAAAGGAGUCAGGGUGCCAGGGCGGCUCAGUUGGUGAAGCGUCCAAAUCUUGGUUUCAGCUCAGGUCAUGAUUUCACGGUUCAUGAGAUAGAGACCCGCACUGGGCUCUGUGCUGACAGCUCGGAGCCUGCUUGGGAUUCUCUCUGUCUCUCUGUCUCUCUCUCUCUGUGCCCCUCCCCUGCUCAUGUUCUGUCUCAAAAUAAAUAAAUAAACUUAGGGAGAAAAAAAAAGGAAGGAAUUCAAAGGACAUUUCUGGAGCAUUGUGUUAAAACUGAAAAAAAUUGAAAAAUUCAGUGUCCAACCAAUAAGGCAAUGAUUAACUCAAGUGUAAUAGAUUAACUCAAUAAAUGUUGAGGCUUUAAAAAAUA